AUGUCUUGCCACAACUACUGCUCUGGAAACUACAGCUCAGGAUUCCUCAGAAAUUCCUGCCAUAUUCCCCUCAUCCCCUCCAUCUCCCUCUGCUCUACCAAUGUGAGCCGUGGAGAUGUCCUCUGCUUACCCAGCAGCUCUCAAGACUGUACCUGGCUCACAGACAACUGCCCAGAGACCUGCAGUGAGCCACCCAGCUGCCAGCCAGCCGCCUGUGAGCCCAGCAACGCUGAAACCUCUUGCUACUCUUCUACCGCCUACUAUGUGCCCAGACCCUGCCAAGGAACCAGUUUUCUUCCUGCUUCUUCCUUCAUCUCUAGCUCCUGCCUCCCAAUAUCCUAUAGACCUCUGAGAUAUAUGUCCGGCAGCUGUCGUCCCCUGAGCCCCCUGCUCAAUAGUUGCCAGCUCCUAGGCUCUGUGCCCUGUGACUAUCGGCCUCUAACCUAUUUGUACAACAGCUGCCGACCCCUGAGCCUCCUCACUUAUGGAUGCCAACCUUCGGGUUGCUUGGCCUAUGGUCCUCAAACACUUCAGGUUGUGCCCAGCAGCCCCAGACCUCUGCAGCUUCUCUACGGUGGUUGCCGACCUCUGAUCCAUGCGUUCAGCACUUGUUGUCCACCUUGCCCUGCACUGGGAUGCCAGUAG